GCAAUUUUUGGCACGUCACAGCCGCGUCAUCAUGUCUCCGUGUCUGCUUUUAUCAUCGCGGAAUUAAAUUGAACUACAUUAUCAUACCUUAUCGUCAUCUUUGUAUGUGGACUAUAAAAUUCAGACCGUUCUGAAAUAACAUUAAAGAUGGAACUAUUAAAGUCAGUGUCUUCGAAUACACAGAUAUUGUUCCCUGUGGCUGCUGUUGCUGUUGUUUUAGUAUGCGCAGCUCUCGUAUUUGUGUUCGGAUUUCAUACAGCGGAACAACCGCAAUUUGAUAAGUUACCUUUAGUGGUCGACGAUAGGAAGUCAUCUAACAAGAAAAGAAAAAUCAAGGACAAGAAGUCUUCACCUAACCGUACUGCAAGCGAUGAUGUGAAGACAAAGUCUGAUAGUGCUAAAAAAUCUCCUGCCAAGGAGAAGAAGGAGGAGAAAUCAAAAGAAGCAGAUAAACCUAAGCCUAAAGCAGCUGAGACAAAAACUGUGAAGAAGGAAAUUAAAGAAGAAGCUAAAAAAGGUAAAAAGAAUAAGAAUGUUGCUGAACUUGAGAAGCCAGCUGACUUUGAUGAGGGUGUGUGGGAGGAAGUGCCAAAAAAAAGUGACAAAAAAAAGUUGAGGGGUCCAGAAGAAAAAGAGAAAGAUAAAAAGAAGGACAGUCCUUCAAAAAAAAAUAAAAAGACCAAGGAUGCUGAUAUUGAAGCUGCUCGAAGUGUUGUAGAGGAAGCUCCAGAGGAGACCAUAAAGGUUAUCAGUGCUGAAGGCCCACAAGUCGAUGAAGAAUCAGCUCGUGCAUUGCAAGCGCAAGUAGAGGAGCUACAACGAGUUCUUAAAGAGGCUGAGCGUCGAGAACAAGCAGCAUUGGGUGGUGCCGAAGAAGUUGGUGUGGAAGAGCUGACUGAUGUGAAGGAUCUCAGAAGUAACAAGAAAAAAGAAAAUAAAGAGAAACAAAACAAGAAGAAGGCCAAUGAGUCUGCUGCUGCAACAAAGAGUAAUCCCAAAGCUGACAUAGUGGACAACUCUGAAUCAUCAGAUAAACAAGAAGAUAAACAGAACACACCAGUUUUUGAUGAGCUUGGAGAUUCUUGGACAGAUGCCAAAGCAUCCAAAAAGAAUAAGAAAAAGGCUCGCAAAGAUCAGUGAGAGGUGAGUUGUUCACACAGGGUCCAUGUAGGUGCUCUACCCUGUUACUAGCUCAAUGCUAUUCACACCACUGAAAACGACUACUACUUUGAUCCAUAGGAUACUUUAUAAUAAUAAAUUAUACAUACAAUAAUUUUGUUCAAAUUUUGCAAAGCAUAAUUAAUCAAUUAUUGUAAUAUUUAAAUUACUAGUUGUUUUAUUAUUAUUGUAUUUAAAUAUUUUAUUUCAGGGUCAUAGAUUUACAGGGUGUGAAAGUCUAUAUAAGUAUAUUAGUUUUAAUAACUUUGUUCAUACACAUUCAGGUUAUUUACGUCCAUGUUUUUAGUUGCAUAUUUUAUUUUAUAUCUAGCUCAUGUUGACUUGUUUUCCUAAUAAUUUAAUGAUUGUUUACUAUAAAGCAUAAUAUGUUUUGUUUUGUGUAUGUUAUGAGUCAUAAUUUGUAAUGUGUUCCGAAUUUCACGUGACCUUUGGGAAUCUGCAAUAUUUUGUUAUUAAUUAAAGACUGUCGAACGUUCGUAAUGUUUGUCGAGUUACAUAAUAUUAUUGAUAAGUUGUGUAACAGUAGGUAGCUAACCCGUAGUAGGCAUAAUAUGUAAGGAUUAGGAAUGUAAAUCCAUAAUUAACAUUCAAGAUCUUCUGGUGCUUGUAGUAUAAGUAUCUUGUUUCCUUUCAUUCCAUGUAUGUGCAUUUUUUCCUCAUCCACCUGUGAAAUACCAUUGGUAACUAAAUAAUAUGUAUUUCAUUCCCUUAUAUUGUUUAUUAUACCCUAUAAUUUUUAAUACUCUCUGUUAUGAUUUAUUAUGAUGAAAAUUAUGAGUGAGACCUGAAUUUGGACCAAAAUAAAUUAUGCAGUUUGCUAUAAAAGCUAUAUCACUUGCAAUUAGUGAACAUGUAGUUUCAUUCUAUUAUAUGAAGCAGUCGCCAUUUUUAAAGCAUAUUUAGAUUAUAAUAUAGACAUUUUCCGUCCGAACUGUAAUUGAAUUCAAUGUUCUGUGUGCAUUCCCUGUAACUAAUUUACCUGUUUUUGUUAAAAUUAAUACAUAACAUCUUAUGUUCCAGAAGUGAUAGUAAUAUUGUAGCAUCAUAUUUUCGUCAUCGCAAAAAAGAUGUAAACAUUACUGUAUUAUUGCAGAUUCCUAUUUUGUAUACCUUAGAUAUAAGAAUAAUUAAAGUUUAGGGUAGUGCCGACAUUACUAUAUAAAGAAUAUUUUAAAAUUCUAAAUGUCUCUGAAGAUAAUUUAUUAUCGUAUAAUAAUAGGAUAUGAGUGAGAGCGUUUUUGCUAUCUAGAGGAAAUUAUUAGCUUCGAUACAGAUACGAAUACGAAUGAUAUUUAUUUAUCGGCUGUGCAAUGUUUUUACAUACAUAUAUCAUUAAUAAUAUCUUAACUAUUUAUAUAUUGACGAAAUUAAUUAUAUAUGAUACAUCCUUUGUUACCUAUUUUAUUUAAAUUUACCUAUGAUAAAGACAAUUUUUUUUAAAUAUAUAGUACCAAUAAUCGCUUUAAUUAUGCAACUCACGUGUACAUUCUUGACAUAAUCUUGUGAUAUUUAGUGCGAUAUAAUGUCGUUUUCGUAAUUGAAGAACGAUUGAAUCGAUUCAUAAUGCUGACUAGAAAUAUUCCAUUAUAAAGUUAGUACAGUUUCUUCGUCAUUAUCGCUGUUAUUAAGUGCGAGGUGAGGUAAUUUAAAAUACUUUCAGUUUCCAUUACUUGUGUUCUCUUAUCUAUAAUAUGUCAGUACUUAGGGCCUAAAAUUUUAUAAGAAUUUAUCAUCGUGUGGAUUCUCAUAGAUGAAUUAAAUUCGUAUAUUGAUUAAUAGGUACAUUAGAUGUAAUGUAUAUUUUGGCUUCAUAUUCAUUAGAGUAGUGUGGGAUGGCGGCUACGCCAGUUGCGAGGCGGCGAGCCGGGCUUACGAUGCCAACUUAUAGACAUGUAUCUUGAGAAUGUUAUUUGUUUUUAUAGGCUCUAAAAUAUAAUGAAUGUGUAAUAUAAAUAUUUUUUUAAAAUCAAUAAAGAGUGAUAUUGAUAAA